AUGGCGGACCAAGAACAGAAGGCAGUCAUGUUGAUUGCAGAGGCUGAGAAAAAAUUAAAGUCUGUUAAAGGAUUAUUUUCCUCUUUAUUUGGAGGUGGAUCGAAACAAGAGGAAGCAUGCGAAUUGUAUGUCAGAGCAGCAAAUGCCUUUAAAAUGGCCAAGAAGUGGCCACAAGCUGGGAAGGCAUUUGAAGAAGCAGCCCAGCUUCAGCUGGCUUUGGGCAGCAAACACGAGGCAGCCACACAUUAUGUUGAUGCUGGAAACUGUUAUAGAAAAGGAGACCCCAAUGCUGCAGUCAGUGCUUUCUACAAAGCCAUUGAAAUUUAUACAGAUAUGGGACGAUUCACAAUUGCAGCUAAACAUCAUGUAACUGUUGCAGAAAUAUAUGAGACUGAGUUGUCAGACAUGGAAAAGGCUGUUCACAAUUAUGAACAAGCAGCAGACUACUACAAAGGAGAGGAAUCAAACAGCUCUGCUAACAAAUGUUUACUCAAAGUGGCCCAGUUUUCAGCAACAUUAGAAAAGUAUGAGAGAGCGAUUGAAAUCUAUGAGCAGGUUGCAACUUCUUGUAUGGACAACUCCCUGCUUAAGUACAGUGCCAAGGAUCACUUCUUUCGGGCUUCCAUCUGCCACAUGUGUAUGGACACAGUAAAUGCACAGGUGGCUGUUAAGAAAUAUGAAGAGAUGUUCCCUGCAUUUGCAGAUGCUAGAGAGUGUAAACUUGUCAAGAAAUUACUACAAGCGGUAGAGGAUGACAGUGUGGAUCAAUUCACAGAAGCGCUAAAAGAGUUUGACAGCAUAUCCCGUUUGGAUCCUUUCCUCACCACCCUUCUUCUGAGAGUAAAGAAACAGCUGAAUGCAGAGCCAGAUCUGUGUUAG